GAGAGUGUGUGUUCGUGCUGGAUGUGGGCUACAUUGUUGCAGCUCGCGGGAGGAAGGCGGAGAGGGAAAGACAGAGAGGGAAGGAGGGGGACUCUCUCCUUUCGGAUGCUGCGAGAAGCCCUCGAGGUAGUCCAGUCACCUCGCAGCGCUGUAGGAUCCUGGGCCCCGGAUCCCGCCUGGAGCCCACUCUCGGAGGACCCCGGCCAGCCAUGGAUGCCUGCAACUUGGAGCGAACGGGGACUGUUUGAUUGAUUGUGCCGAGCACCCCCCCUUCGCUCCCAGAGACCCCGAAGAUCAGGGGGCAGCCUGCGCUUGGGCUCCGGGAGCCAGAGGAGCCCAGAGCUGCGCGGGGCGGGGGGGAGGGGGUUCCCUCCUGCCCCAGCCGGGGGCUGCGUGGAAGAGAAGGGAGAGAAGGGCGGGGAGGGGCGGAAGAGGGAAAGGAGAAGACCGGGCAUGACUCGUUUAACUUGCGGCGGGCAUCUGCCGAGGCUCUGAGCCGGCUGCCCUGGGGGGCCGGUUUGUGCCUGCGACCUGGGCACCCCAGCUGUACCCGAUCCCGAGUUGACACACUGCGGCGAGUUGACCUGGAUACUCGGAGUGCCGACCACCCAAUAUCGAUCCCAGUUCGUCUUUGGGGAUCGUUUCGGGAGAGGGAGGGGAGCUCUCCUCGGACCCCCUCUCCCAGGACCUACAGCCCCCCAAUGGCUCGGAUGGGGCAUGCGGUCGUCUCUGGCUGCUGGUGGGCUUUCGCUCUUAGCUUGGCCACUCUCUUCAUUCCAGGUCUGCAGGCCCAAGUGGUCCAGGUGAAUGACACCGUAUCUGGCUUCAUUGGCACAGAUGUGGUGCUCCACUGUAGCUUCUCGAACCCCCUACCCACGGUGAGGAUCACCCAGAUGACAUGGCAAAAAGCCACCAAUGGCUCCAAGCAGAAUGUGGCCAUCUACAAUCCAAAUAUGGGAGUCUCAGUGCUGGCUCCCUACCGAGAGCGUGUGACCUUUCUCCAGCCUUCCUUCACUGAUGGUACCAUCCGACUCUCCCGUCUCCAGCUGGAGGAUGAGGGUGUCUAUAUCUGCGAAUUUGCUACUUUCCCCACAGGGAACAGGGAAAGCCAACUCAACCUCACUGUUCUAGCCAAACCAACAAACUGGAUGGAAAGCACAAAGAAAACCCUGACAGCCAGGACUGGACAGACAGAAAAGGUCCUGGUGGCCACUUGUACCUCAGCCAAUGGGAAACCACCCAGUACUGUUUCAUGGGACACCCGGCUGAAGGGUGAAGCAGAAUUCCAGGAGAUCCGGCACCCCAAUGGCACAGUGACGGUGAUCAGCCGAUACCGCCUAGUGCCCAGUCGAGAAGCCCAUCGGCAGCCUCUGGCUUGCGUCGUCAAUUACCAACUGGACCGGUUCAGUGAGAGUGUCACCCUCAAUGUGCAGUAUGAACCUGAGGUGACCAUUGAGGGCUUUGAUGGAAACUGGUACCUGAAACGAAUGGAUGUAAAACUCACUUGCCAGUGUGAUGCCAACCCUCCAGUCACCCACUACCAGUGGAAACUGUUGAAUGGUACUCUCCCCUCAAGUAUGGACACCCAAAACAAGACCCUGUUCUUCAAGGGGCCUGUGACCUAUAGCCUGUCUGGGACCUACAUAUGUGAAGCUACCAAUCCCAUUGGCACACGUUCAGGAAUGGUAGAGGUCAAUAUCACAGAGUUCCCCUACACCCCGUCUCCAACUGAACACGACAAGCGAUCUGGGUCCGGCGUCCCCACGCCCAUCAUUGGGGGCGUGGUGGGGGGCAUCAUCCUGGUGCUGUUUGUGGCGUUGGUGCUUGUGGUCUACUUCCGCCGGCGCCGACACACCUUCAAGGGGGACUACAGUACCAAGAAGCAUGUCUACGGCAAUGGUUAUAGCAAGGCGGGGAUUCCACAACACCACCCACCCAUGGCCCAGAACCUCCAGUACCCAGACGACUCAGAUGAUGAGAAGAAGGCUGGGCCGCUGGGGGGGAGCAGCUAUGAGGAAGAAGAGGAGGAAGUGGGUGGGGGGGAGAGGAAGGUCGGGCCCCCACACCCCAAGUUUGAUGAGGACGUCAAGCGGCCCUACUUCACCGUGGAUGAGGCUGAGGCCCGAUCUGAUGGUUAUGGGGACCGGACUCUUGGCUACCAGUAUGACCCUGAGCAGCUGGACUUGGCUGAGAACAUGGUUUCUCAGAAUGAUGGGUCUUUCAUUUCCAAGAAAGAGUGGUACGUGUAGCCCCACCUCUACGCCCGCUCCCUUCCCCCCUCACCCGCACGACCCCAGCCCCCAGGUCCCCGAGGAGCUCAGCAGAGACUCAAGUGCCCCACCUUGAAGCCCCCCUACACUCUCAAGGUAUAUGGGGGAAAGGAUCAAGCUGGGGCAGGGGGCUACUUUAUUUUUUAUCUCUUUCCUGGAUGACUGCCUUCUACUCCCUGCCCCCUCCUUUACCCCUUCCCCCCCUUCCUGUGGUGUUGUGUUCGACUGUGGCUUUGGUGUUCCUGUACUUUCCUUUGACUACUAUCUGCCCCGUGUAUAUGGAGCCUGUUCAUGUCUUGUUGUGUUUCUUGACCCUGGGAUAUGAGGGGGCCCUCCCCCUCAUCCCCUGCCCCCAAACACUGGAAUUUGUUUAUAUGUUGUCUUCAUUUUUUUUUCUUUAUGGAGGGGGAGAGCUCCCCUGGAAGAUACCCAACCCACCUCUCCCUCCCCAAUGCUAUUCCCUUUUCCUAGGUUGGGCAAACCUAGGACCACCUUCCUCUUUCAGUCUAUCAUGAUUUAGCUACAGUGAAUGGAUGAUUGUAGACCACCCUGACUCAUCCCAGAUGGAAGGGAUGAAGGAUUAGAGGAAGCAAAGCGAUGAAAUUGAACAGUUGCAGGAUACAUUUUAAAUAAGAAAAAUCUGGAUUGUUAAUUCUAGGCCUGAUAAUGCAAUGCCCACGCUGGUCAGAGGAUAUUUUGCAUUUUUUUUCCUCACUGCCUAACAAAGGGUUAGGUUAGCCAUGAUUUGAUUCCUCUCUUAGACACACACACACACACACACACACACACACACACACACAAA